AUGAAUCGUGAUGAUCCAAAUGUGGCAUUCGAGCAUGUAAAGAAAAUACGACCAAUGCUUGAACCGUGUAUGAAAAUGGAAGAUGGAAAAAAUGAGACUGCUUGGAGGACCUCAAAUGAUAUUGGUUUAAUGCAAAUGCUUUCUGAUGCUCAAGCAAUGCAUAAUCGAUGCCAAAUAAAAAGUGAAAGACAACCAGUUUUCUUCGUUUUGACUGAUAUGAAUAGUAGCACAGCUGCUGAUAAGUUCAAAUUCCUUCCCGACCGAGUUACAAAUGAUGUGCUGAAAAGCUAUUCAACCUUUGAUAUUCUGAUGCGAAUUAUUUGGACAAAAGAAACGGUGCGAGAUUUCAAUGUAGACGUUGCUGGUUGGUUGAAUGAAACACAAUUGAAGAGUGGCGGGUAUAUUCUAUGGGCAGUGGAUGACUUGUCUGAUCCAACUUUUGUAUCGAAUACAUACGGACUUUGUGCACCUCCAACCGAAGAAAAAGGGCCCAAGAAUGAGCUGGGAGCGGGUGUGUGGGUGGCGAUCGGUUUGGGUGGAUUGUUGAUUCUUUUCGAUGAUUGCACUCAUUGUUUUGCUUAUUCUAUUUUCGACUACAAACUUCAUAAAGAUCUCGCUGAUGAAGGACUUGAUCGUUAUGUGCAAGAAUACAACAAAGGAGAAGAUGUUUGGGAAAUUGAUCCAAGAAAUCUUCACAUCAGCUCCGAAAAAAUCGGAUCCGGUGCGUAUGCUGUUGUGUUUAAAGGCAUUUUAACGGGAAUACCACCAGUUGUGAGAUUGAUCCCACGGGCACAGUUAAUUGGUGGAUAUGCAAAAGAUGAGAAUGCGGUGGCUGUGAAGAGACCAUACGAACAUGCUAAUUCGGAAGAAAGGAUCGAAUUCCUCCAAGAGAUUCGUUUCAUGAAAACCCUCGAUUUCCAUCCGCAUCAAGAAGAAUCUCCAAUUGAUGCUGAUGUUCUUCCGGUGAUCGCGUGGCAAAUUUGUGAUGCUUUGUCGUAUCUUUCAACAAAGAAUAUCAUUCAUCGAGAUGUGGCUGCAAGAAAUGUUCUGAUAACAAGUGCUAAAGUGGCAAAGCUUUCCGAUUUUGGUUUAUGUCGACAUGUGGAUGAUUUGAUGUAUAGCUCAAAGAAGACAGCUAAAUUACCCUUGAAAUGGAUGGCGCCUGAAUCAAUUGAAAAGGCUGAGUAUAGCCAUAAAUCGGAUAUGUGGUCAUAUGGAAUUCUUUUGUAUGAAAUAUUUUCUUUUGGUGUCGUUCCAUAUCCGACAAUCGAAUCUGAAGCUGUCCUGGAAUUUGUGAAGAAAGGAAAUCGACCUGAAAUACCUGAUGAAACACCAUCAUAUAUAGAGCCGAUGUUGCAUCAAUGUUGGCAAAUGAAACCGGCAGAUCGACCGAAUGCCGGUGAUUUGAAAUUCUCUCUUUACACUCAAAUAGAGGCCACAAUUUCUGGAGAUGGAUAUUUACAAGUGCAG